CACGAUCGGGGGACGAUAAAUUACCGCGAGCGUGUAGAGCCCGCGCUAAAUCUUUCCUUGUCCAGAGCAAGUUCUUGGUCCUGGUUUGUUUCAGUGAACGCUCCCACGAGUCCAGAGCUACGACACCUGCUAGAGGUCCACCUCCACUUGCAUCGAGUGCGCAGAGCUACCAUGGCACGAUCGACAAGAGCGGCCGCGCGGGCGGCGCAACAGACAAUGAGCAAUCUUAACAAGAGAAGCGUUUCUCUAUCCGCGUCUACCGAUGAAGAAUUCACCAAGCGUGUCAAGCGUAUCGAACGCUUACCCAUGAAUCAAAAGGCAUCGAAGAAUGAUACGAGUACAAAGAACAGCACAGCAGCGAAUGUGGAGAGCAGCAUCGAGCCAGGAGACGACACGGCGGGGAGCGACACAACCUCCAAGUCCGUGACCAAGGGCCAGCUCCAAGUCGACAAGAAGUGGAAGUCCUGGUCAGCCAAUGCGGCGUCGACACCGUAUCCCGACUUUGGCCACCCCACCAACCGCGAAUGCCAGCUGGCAUACGACAUCCUCUACAAAUUGCACAACGAUGCUGCGACGAGCUGGUCAAACGCAAAGCGUGCCAUGGACAGUAUGAAGCAGACGUACGGGUCCGUAUUUGCCUAUGACAAAAUCUACGCCAGUGGAACAGAGAAGCUGCAAGAGACCAUCCGAUGCGGCGGGCUUCACAUUAGAAAGACCAAGAUCAUCAUGACCAUCCUUGAAGAAGUGAAACGCCGUUACGGACGCUGGGAUCUUGACCACCUCCUGGAUGCAAGCGACGAGGACGCGAUGAAAGAGCUGAUCAGUUACAAGUACAUCGGUCCAAAGUCGGCCUUCGUUGUCAUGGGUUGGUGUUUGAAACGCAAUCGAUUUACGGUGGACACACACGUGUACCGUAUCGCUGGUCUGUGGGGUUGGAGACCAAAGGAAGCCUCACGUGAGAAGACGCAAUCGCAUCUGGAUGCAGUAAUACCUGCCGAGUUGAAGUUUAAGUUACACUUCUUUCUGAUACAGCAUGGAAGAACCUGUUCUGCCUGUCGUGGCGGAAGCAAAGAGCGGCACGGAUGUGAAGUGCAAGAGGAGGUGAGGAGAACCCUUAGCCAGGAAGGCUUAGCUCCUGCUUGA